UCCAGUCGAAAACGCCGAAAAAAUCAUAAGCAUGAAAAUGUGUAUCGUUUUAUAAAUUACGUAUUUCGCAAAUCAACUGUCAUGGAUCAAAUAAUACUAAAUAAAUUUAUACCGCAGCAGUUACUUUAUUUUAUCGCUGGUCGACGAUGUUGUCAACAAUUCGCGUGCACGUUUCGGAGCUCCGACCACGAUAUAAUCACUGCAAGCGCACGCAGCUUGGGCCUGCGCGUCCAAUAUAUGAGCUGCAGUGGGCAGGCGAGAUGUGUGAAGGUGUUUAAACAAUCAUGUAAACACUAUCUAGAGGAACCGAAAGCAUUGGCUUUGUCACAUCCGACAAUAAUGGAUAUGUUGGCACUUUUGAGUCGCAGUGAUACGUUUGCGGACAAGGAAGUGAUUCAGUUGAGUGAAGAUUUCAUGUCUCAAAACUGGCAUGUUAAAGUGCCACCUCACAGCAUGAAACUACUGCCUUUGUCGCCGCCGACGCCUCACUUUAUUACAGAGAAACAUCGAAACUUUAUUGUGAAUAUUUCUGCCCAUGCCACCACCAAUAAGGAAAUACUGACGACCAUAUAUUCGCAUCGCAUUGUUGUCUUUGAUGCUGAUUUGUCGUGGGACAAGACAUUAUUUUUGCCGCUUAUUAUUUUGGAGGACUCUGAGGUUAAAAAGUCAAAUUUGAAAAUCAUCUGUGUGGAAAGGGAGGAAGUAAUCGCCAUGUAUAAUAGCGAGCGUUUAGCCGAGUACAUAAGUGAGAAUGUUGGUGAGACUGUGGGCAUCCAAUUGCCGCUUAGUAAUAAUAUAAGCUCCAUAACACACAUUGUCUUUAGUACUGCGAAGCAUUUUUUACGCUCUUUAAUUAACAAAAAUAGCAAAAAGUUCAAUUAUAUCAGCCAUAUUGUAAUCAACGAUAUACAUCUACACGAUCCCUACAACGACAUUCUUCUAUGUGAGUUGAAACAAGCGUUAAGUCUUAAUCAAAAUCUUCGCGUCGUCUUGCUUUCUCAAUCCGGCGACUCACAGCGGCUUUUACAAUUCUUUGACGAGGGAGCUGAGCUAAGUAUGGACAAACCGUCAUUGGCUGGUGUGCGCAUAUCCUAUUUAGAGGACAUCCAAAGCUGUAUUUUACUGGCGGGUAUACACAGGGGACCUGAAAUCUACAAGGACAAACCGCAGGUGUUCAGAAACAAAAACCAACGAAACGAGCAAAUGGACAAGUGUUUAGAAGUGUACGAAGAACUCGGCACUGAUACCGCCAUUCGUCCUUUUAUAUAUGCGAUCAACUAUGAGCUAGUACCAGUCAACUACCAACACUCCAUCACAGGAAAAACGGCGAUUCUUAUCGCUGCCCAGCACAGCAAUGCCAAUCAUUUGCGUCUAUUGCUUUUUAUGGGCGCGAAUCCGUAUAUUGUGAAUGAGCAGCACGAUAAUGCCGUUACUAUUGCUGCCUUUAGGGGCAACAGCGAGUGCAUGGACAUUCUGAACAAUUAUAGCCUGCAUGGUUAUGUGGUGAAGAACGCAAGACCAGAAUUCGUCGAUUAUGAUCUUAUCAUUGACAUAAUGUAUUUCAUUUGUACAAAGGUGGAUAUUUUAUCAGGGAAUGUGCUAAUAAUAUUACCCACUUAUUAUCACAUGGUCAAACUGAACUAUAUGCUGCUCAGUCAUUUCUUAACGGGCAAUUUGCGUGAGUUUGCCAUAUACACACUCCAUGAGGAUAUGGAUAGUGAUUAUGUAAGCGCACUGGCGCGUAUCCAUACUGAGGGCUUGAAGCUGGUACUGUCCACUGAUGUCAUUGAAUCCUUGCCGCUGCCAGUUGCAUUUCGUUAUGUUAUAGAUACCGUUUGUCAGAAAAAUACCGUCUAUGACAGUAAGCGAUGUAGCACUGAAGAAAAAUACGAGUGGGUGGCCAAGGAGCGAUUGCUACGACGCGAGGCGAUCUUCAAUGCCAAAGUUGCUGGUGAAGUACAUCAUUUUCGCUUAAUUUCUAAGGAGGCCUACGAAAUAUUGAAUGACUCGAGCAGAUCAACUUUGCAAACAUUGCCUCUGGACAAGAUAUGCUUGCUAGUCAAGCUGCUCUCACCAAAUACUAUUAUCAGCGAAUAUCUAACAUUUACCAUAGCACCGCCGCCACUUUUAAAUGUGCACCAUGCUGUGCAGUUUUUAAAGAAAAUAGAAGUCUUGGACGAUGCUGAGGAUGUAACCUGGUUGGGCUGCCGCUUAAUAGAUAUACCAGUGACCUGCCAGCUUGGACGCACGCUUAUAUUCGGAAUUUUACUGCAGUGCUUGGAUCCCAUAUUAAUUAUUGUAAGCUCACUUAUCACAACAGAUCCAUUGGGCAUACCCUACAAUGAAGACAUUGAUUAUCUCUGGGAUAGAUUCACCAUUUACAUACAGAAUCGAAUUAAGAAUGAACGAGCUCGCUUGGCAGCGGAUCAGUUUUCUGAUCAUUUUAUAUUUGUUCGGCUGUUUGAAGAGUGGCAAAGUCGGUUAAAGUCUAAUGUGCCAGCAUUAUACCUCACCGAUGAAUAUGACUUUGUACUCAAUGGUCUUAUGGAGAAAUUCAACUUAACGCGGGCACGUAUUGUGAGCGCUUUGCGGGGUGCUAAUCUUAUACACAGUCAGGGGCAGCUGAGCAUACAGAAUGUUAACAUGCAUUCGGCUUACUGGCCUUUGGUUAAAGCGGCUUUAACGGGCGGCUUGUAUCCCAAUAUUUGCGCUGUGGAUGCACAACGAAAUUGCCUCAAGUCUUCUAACUCUAUUAAUGUCCACAUGCAUCCAAAUACCGUGCUACGUGGUUUCCUAGAGCCUCUAAAUACUUCUGCUCAAAAAUUUUGCACAACCUGGAUUGUGUGUAACAAGCAUAAGGAUAAUAUCACAUAUGCCACACUUAUAGUGCCGCUCACGCUGGCCAUGUUUGCAGGCUCCAGCCAUUUGGGCUUUGGUCAGGUCAGCGAGAUUCACCGCAAUUCAACGCCGUACUGCAACAAUUUACAAUAUUUUAUUGACGAAUGGAUUUGGAUGGUGGUGUCCAAGCCCACAUUGGAGCUAAUUCUGAAAAUACGUCAUUUGUUUUUUAAGUAUUAUCAAUAUCUGCUAAAAUACUGCACUGAACCGCAUAAAUGGCGAAGCGAGUCUCCUCUGAUGAUGCAGUACCAACUACUGUUAGAGACUUUAAGCAAAGUAUUUGAAAAUGAGGAUGCCAAUGUGGGCUUUAACACCUCCCCAAAUAUCUGCUUUCGUCCGGCUAUAAAGCUACCAAGUUUAUACUUGUUAGCCAUUAAUACGCAUUUUGUUUGGCAUCAGAGAGUGGAGAAUAAACAUGACAUUGCAGCGGGAGAUGCAAGUUACGAGAUGAGCUCACAUUUUGUUGAAAAACAAUUCUUUUUGUUGUAUACCGAGGAUUCACCAAGUGAAUUUUAUCAAAAAAGCAAUGCAGCGUAUAUUGAAAGUGUCAUUGGUAAAUUUGCCAGGCCAAUUGAAUCGCCCAAUCGACAUAUUUAUGUAAUUUUGUACUCGAAAAAUCCGGAUAUCAUGUUAAGCAUAAGUCGAGCCAAGACCCAAAAGAUUGAGUUUGUUUUAAAGGAAUAUUUUAGAAAUACUGUACCUGUGACUGAAAUUUUAGAGGCCUGUAAUGCUUUGAAUGUCAAUGUUCCCAGCUUUGAUGGUCGUCUAAUGUCUUCGCUUAUUGAUAAACGUGUUGGAAAUAUAAUCAUGGAUCUGUUUGCAUUUCGACACCAUUGGAUACACAAAUAAUAGUUUUUAUUUAUUAAAAAAGUUAUUUUCGAAGUUACAAUUGUG